UCCCCCGUCCCCCUUCCUCCGGCUGGGGUUAGAAGACUCCGGGGUUGCGUUGCCGUUGAGUGACCUGCGUGGAGCGGCGUGGGCGUGGGCGUGGGCGUCCACUGGACCUUGGAGACUCGACUCGACUUGAGAGACGAGCUAGACUAGAGUUUCUGAGUUAUUAUUAACGUACCACCCUCCCUCUCCAGCCUUUCUCCACUUGAUCUCUUUCGACCUGAUUCUCCAUGUGUUUUUCCUCUCGUUGUUGUCGUUAACACUGGCAUUUGGCUUGGACUGGAUUGGAUUGGAAACGGUCACUGGCAGAGUGCGACUCGAUGGUGAUGUCUGCCCGCCCAACCGUCAGCAUCGACCGGCUGACGCCGCGGCGUGUUACCGCUGAGCCGCGAGAGUCGAUGAAUUGUAAGAGUUGUCGGAAGAGAAAGAUAAAAUGCAAUCGUCUCCGACCCAGCUGCGAGGCAUGCAAGGUAUUCCAGUGUGCCUGUAUCUAUGACGCCGUCCCCAAAAAGCGUGGCCCGAAAACAGACGUCCUCGAAGCCCUGCUCAAACGCGUCGACGGCCUCGAGAAGCGUCUCCAGGACGACAACACGCAUCCUCUCUCGCCGUCAUCGCCCGUCAAGGAUCUCUCGCCGCAGUCCCAGGCCGCCGCCGCAGCGGCGCAGGCGGCUUUUCCUUUAACCGCUCAGACGCAAGGGCACGGUCAAAGCCAGGCGCAGGCGUAUGCGAACUCGAGCCCUGUUGUUCAUCAUGGGUAUGUGUUUCCGCCGAUGGGUCAGGGUCAUGGUCAGGGUCCGUUGCAUGGGCAGCCGCAGACGCCCGGCCUAGCUCAGGCGCAGGCGCAGCCUGGUCGGGUUCCCGAUGCGAUGCUUGAUGCGUACUUUGCGCGAUUGCACGGCAAGCCGUUCUUUAUUCUUGAUGAGGCGGCGACGCGGGCGAGGUCUGCGGCUGGGACUUUGCCGGGGUAUCUUGGGAUGGCGGUUUAUGCGCUGACGCUGAGAUACACCACGGUCAACCCCCCGCCCGGGAGUUUAGAGUACGCGCGACAAGCUCGGCGCAUGGUCGAUAUUGAUCAGCCGUCUAUUGAGAAUCUACAGACGCUGCUGCUGCUCUCGCAGACGUUUUAUGCUUAUGGCUGUGGGAAGAAGGCGUACAUGACAUUAGGAAACGCCGUCUCCAUGGUCCUAGCCCUCGAUCUCUACCGCGAACUCCCCGCCUCCCAUCCCGCACCUCCGCUCGAACGCGAGAUGCGCCGCCGCCUCUUCUGGGCCGUCUACGUGAUGGACCGGUUUCUCACCUGCGGCUCCAAACGACCUUGCCUCAUCGCCGACCACUCCAUCGUCGUGCGCCUCCCAUCCAGCUCGUCAGCCUCUGACCCGGGCGACGUCUUCAACCCCGUCGGCCCCAACAUCCCGUACUCGUCGGACCGCCGCAAAACCGCUGGCUCCUGCUCCGCCCUCCUCGUCGACAUUUCGCGCAUUCUCGGCGUGACACACCGCUACCUCGCCGCCGGCGGCGUAAAAGGCGACUCGCACUUCCCAUGGCACGCACUAUCGAAUCUCUCCAAAAUCAGACAGGAACUGGACCUUUGGGCCGCCGGCACACACGACCUCUUCGCCUCCAUCGAAGCACUCUUCGGCCAUCCCGAGAGCACCCUACUCCUCCUCUCAAAGCUCAUCUACCACCUCGUCCACUGCCUGCUCUACCGCCCCUUCCUCCCCAUCGACCUCGCCGAGCUCCGCGGCUCAGGCCAGCACCAGAGCUGGCAAAUCGAAGCAACAACCCUCUGCUUCUCGCACGCAAACGCCAUCGCCGAACUCGUCGAGCUCGCGCGCCACGCGCCGAGAAUCGAGUGGCCGGAUCUCGUCGCAUACUGCCUCGCCGUCGCGGGGACGGUGCACAUCCACGGCGUGCACUACCACGGGCGCCGCGACGGGGAGGUCUUUGCGUCGUCGCCGGAUUUCCUGGCGCGGGAGAUGCACCAGCUUGCGUGGUUGAGGCAGUCGUGGACGGGCGCGCAGCAUCAUCGCGAUUUGCUCACGACGCUAUCGGCGUGUCAUGCGGAUUUGGUUAGGACGCUUGCGGCGCGUCCGGUGCGGUUUGCGCCGGUGUUUCAUCUUGAGGAUUUUCUGGACAGAUAUCCGGGGCUUGUUGUUGAUGGGGGGCAUGUUAGGCUUGUUGAUGGGGAUGAACAGCUGGAACUCGACCCGCAACUCCUCUACGCGCCGACGACCCUCCCCUCACAACAACCACACCUCCACACAUCGUCACACGUACACGCCCGCCACCACUCCACCUCCUCCGCAUCCCUCUCCUUCCACCCACACCACACCUCCCCAACGUGGCCCGACAUCCCCACAGACCCGGACCUCCUCGACCCACAAACCCAUUCGCACCCGCACCUCGCCGGCACCGCAGGAUCCGUCUUCUCCCCAGCCCUCCCGCAACCGCCGUCAUCAAGUACGUCGCCCUCCUUCCUCCACCCGCAAUCGUUGGGUGCCAGCACAGCCAGCAACGGAUCCAUCAACAUAAACAGCACGCUCCACCCGCAAAUCGAAAUCCAGUACGCGACCUUCCCAUUCGAGUCGACUCCCGGACCUAUCGGCGAGUCGCCGGAAUCCGUUCCCUCGUCGAAUGCCGGGCCGUCGGCUUCUGGUGCAAGCGCAGGCGGGUCCGCGAAUGAGGAGAAGGAUCCGUUCUUGAGUCUCCUGGAGCAGAUUGCGGAGAAUGAACAUAGUCAGGGCGGGCCGAGUGAGUUGGAUUUUUUUUUGGACGGGUUGGAUGAGAAGGCGGCUUAG